AUGAAGUUUGCGCAAAGCCUCGCCCUUUCUGGGCUCGUUGCCUCCGCCUCGGCCGUGCCCCUGGCAUGUGGUCCCUCUGGAAAGUGGUUUGACCGUUUUGUGGUCAUCGUGAUGGAGAACACCAACAAGGCUACGGCACUGGCGGAUCCUUACUACCGCCAGCUGGCCGACGAGGGCGUGUUGCUGGAUGGCUAUCAAGGAACCACACACCCAUCUCAGCCAAACUACAUCACCAUGAUCUCUUCCACCACUGCGGCAGGAGUGUACGAUGAUGCCGAUCACAACAGCACCCAGGGCAACCUGAUCGAUAUCCUCGAGCCCGCGGGUAUCUCCUGGAAGGCCUACAUGGAGGGCUACUACCCACUGGACGGUGGCGCGUGUAAUCCCAUGCACCAGAACAAGACCUCCGGCUAUGUCCGCAAACAUAACCCCUUCAUGUCAUUUGACAACAUCCGUGAGAAUACUGCUCGUUGCCAAAACAUUGUCAAUGCCGAAGAGCACUUUGCUGCGGACGUUGCCAAGGGCAGGCAUGCUCCCCAGUACAUGUACUACACUCCCACCCUGAACAAUGACGCUCACGACACCAACGUCACUUACACCGAGACCGACCUCAAAUAUAUCAUCAACACCAUGAAGGACAAUGAGCAAUUCAUGAAGAACACUCUUAUCAUGGUGACCUUCGAUGAGAACGAUAUCUACUCCCCCGACUCGUACGGCACCUCUAAUGACGUCUACACUGUGCUGCUUGGUAAAGACACGCUGAGCUGCACUGGCUGCGUCGAUAAGAAAUUCUACAACCACUUCACCCAGCUCACCACAAUCGAGCAAAACUGGGGCCUCCCUAACGUUCCCAACCACGACGGCAACGGUCCCAUGUGGGAUAGCUGGAUGGUGCCUUUCACCACCCUCAAGGCCAAGAACAACCGCAACUAA